UCCACACGAGGCUUCGACAGUAGACGGAUCACCGGCACCCACAGGACAACAAGUGGAAGGUGCCGUGGAAGUGUUUGUUCUCAUCAUGGCACGGCACACGAAGGUUACCGCGAAGUCCCUGGCGGUGGUGGUGGCGGUGACGGUGGUGCUGCUGGCGCUGGCGGGGCGGAGCGAGGCGGCGCCCUUCAUCCGAGGGAUCUUCAGGGACUUCCCCACGAGAGUGAUGCCCUACACGCCGCGGGACGACAUUGUGCACCCUCUGGCGGGAUUCUUGCCGCGGGACGUCCUUGAGCUCUGGUACGGCCACGACGAGGAGGGCUUCACCAGGAACGGUCGUGACGUGAGCAAGCAGACGGCAGAGGCAGCAGCGUGGGUCAGGCAGAAACUACAGCAGAUGAUGUAACCAACCACAUGGCCGCCACACCCACGCACGCACGCACACACACACACGUUGAAGAGAUGAAGACCCUAGGACGAACCUUGGAGCGGAUCUGGCUACACUGCUUAUACCGCUACUCGGCGCACUUCAAAACACAACACAAUAUACAGAAGAAAAAUGGAAGAAAAAUAACAAAAAGAAGAAGAAGAAGAAAAACAAAAGCAAGGUGAAGGGCAAGAACGAAAAGAACAAGAAUAAGAAGAACAAUAACGAAAAUAAGAUUAAAAGAUGAACAUGGUAACGUUUUUUUUAUGUAGAAGAAGAAGAUUAACAGCAGCAAAGACAACAACAACAACAACAACAACAACAACAACAACAACAACAACAACAACAACAACAACAGCAACAACAGCAUUAGGUAUAACAAGAUAAGUCCCUCGACAGCAAACAGUAGUAGUAGUAGUAGUAGUAGUAGUGUAAGUCAAUUGUAAGUAACAGAUUGUAAGUAGAUCCGUCAGUACCCUUCUCUCUCUCUCUCUCUCUCUCUCUCUCUCUCUCUCUCUCUCUCUCUCUCUCUCUC